AGGACGGAGUCACGAUGGCUGUGGACGACGGCGGAAGACGAUCGCGACCUGAAUCAGAAGCACGGUGAUGACGUUCGCGAACUAGAGGGAUUGAGUUCGCGAACCAGAAGGACCAGAACUGAGCCACGACAAAGCACGGGCUGAAGCUGAUCUCGAGUUGCUAAUGAUGACUGAAGACGCGACCAACGAACCAGAGAGACCCACGAACCCUAAGUCGCGACUGUGAAGAAGACCAAAGAACAGAGACGACUUCGAACAAUCGGCGACAACUUCGAACAACAGGCGUGGACUUAGGGUUUCGAACAAGGCUCUGAUACCAUAUGCUACAAUCGAGGAGGGAGAAAGUUUGAGAAAUGGCCUUGAAUUGGUGAGAUCAGUUUCUGAUAAGCACUUCGAUCUUUUGAGGCCUUCUGCUCGAUACAAUUCACUGUUUAAAGGGCAAGCAACAGACAUGGGAGACCCGAAAGGCAAAUAUACCCUUAUUAGAGAUGCAGAUGACUUCCAACUAGGGACUUUUGACAAGCCCCUUCCUUGCUUUGGUUGUGGGAUAGGAUGGCUUUCUUUUCUGUUAGGCUUUGUGUUCCCACUUAUGUGGUACUAUGCUGCAAUUCUGUACUUUGGAAACUACUAUCGAAAGGACCCUAGAGAGCGAGCUGGCCUUGCUGCUUCUGCAAUUUGUGCAAUGGCAUGUUCAGUUGUAUUGUUGAUCAUAGCAAUUGUUUGCCUAUUCUAGCCGGUCUGUCAAAUUUGGUUUCCUCUUUAUACACCCUUACAACCAUCCACAAAGGCAAGUUGAAUUUGGAAAUAGAGCCGAGCGUGUUUUUUUAUUUUUUCAGAUAGGCAAGCUGACCGUGGUUGGAUUAAAAUUUGAUGUAUAUAAAAGUGAAGUAAAGAUUUCUCAAAUGUUUCAACAAUGUAUAAUAUCAAAUAUUGCACAAUAUAGAAUUAAUACAUUGGAAUUGUACAGAACUUCUCUAUAGUACUAUAUAAUUUGAGGCUUUAUUUUAUGAGCA